GACUGAUUAUUGUGACUAGAAACAAAGCACAUUCAACAUGAAAUUAUUUUUACAAUUCCAUUUUUAAAUUUGGCUCAAUUUCUAUUUGAUUUUUUAUACAUAUUGAAUAAGUGUUGAAAACCGGGAGUUAAUUUUAAGUGAUCAGCUUGUAUUUUCUGUAAAUAAAUCACAGAAAACUGAAGACGCAUCCGCGAGUGAUAAUCAAAACAGAGGUAAAAGGUGCACAAUUUUUGCUUUACAUAAUAGUUGAAUCUUCACUUGGUGGUCGUUAAACCAAGAAGAAGAGGAAGAAGAAAAAUAUGUUGCAUUUAUAGUGUAAAGUUUCCUUCCUUUUAAUGAUAAAAAACACAAAAUCAAUCGACAAGUUAAAAAUAGACAAAAAAAAAACAAAUUUUCUACCAUUUCCAGCGAAACGUAAUUUAACAAAUACAAUUUUCAAAACAUGUAAUGGUCUCCCAUUUCGUUAGCACCCAACAAUUUCGAUGCCAUCGCUAAUAAGCACUUGUCAAACAAAAAUAAAGUAAAAUGCAAAAAGAAUGUGACCAUUCGUCGUAAAAUGCCAUUCAGGGGUGUCCAUUUUCACACCCGUCCACCAUGCUAUUUUCUACCAUUCGACGACCCUCUAUUAACGUGUAAUGAAAAUGUCAAUCGUGCGCGAAAAAGUCGCACCAACUGUGAACAAGCGAAACCCUAGGUCGGUCCCAUUACAAUCGUACCGCGUUGUUGAUUUUGGGUUCAGUUUGGUCCUGUCUCACACUUUGCUAAGAGCCAUGAGCUGUGUGGAAGAUUUUCUCGAUGCACAAAUGUGGUAUCUACGGUACUGUGGUGUGUUUCGGGUGAAAAGUCCACUCGGUGGCAUACGGCUGAGCAUUUGUCUCGGUGUGCUCGUCGUGUUUAUGGUGCUGCAAUCGAUCUACAUCUUCCAGCACGUGAACCAUUUCGCGAUGAUCUGCGAUGCCAUACCGACGCUCGUCGUCUGCAUGGUAGCGAUUUCGAAGUUCUACAUCUUCGUGUUCCACCCGGCGGCCAUGUUCGCGCUGAUUGAUUCGUUCAAAGCGCUGCAACGGCGUGCGACCGCGGAAGAUUUGCUGCUCUUUCGCCGCAGCGGAGCGUUCCAUGCGAAGCUGACGAAACUCUACAUGACAUCGGCACUGAUUGUCGGAUGGUUCUACAUACUGAGCGCUGUCGUUACCGGCAUUACACGUUCGAUGUCGGACGGUCGGGUACAGUUUGUCGCACCGAUGGCGUACGUACGGGGAGCACGCGGAAACGAAACUCUCCAAACAUCCGGAACAAAUUUUGCCGAUGAUUUUGUCGAGUGAAUAUCAUUUUUUUCUCUCUCUCUCUCCCCUUUGUUUGUCCGCUUUUCGCUUGUUUCUCGACAAUCUCGACCCAACUAGCUUCCCGCACAACUAUCAACAUCCGCUUAUGUUUGCGCUAACGUUCCUGUUCAACUGUGACUCCAUACACAUGAGCAUCUUCAUUAGCGGAAGUGUCGAUACGUGCUUCUCCGAGCUAGCGACAAGCGUUACGAUCCACUUUCGGCUCAUCCAACGCCGGUUCCGGACAGUUGACUUUACUGCCAGCACCGCUGAAGACGAGCUGGAAGCGGUCGUGGCGUACCAUAAGGAUGUGCUGCAGCUGUGUCUCGCCAUGACGAACCUUUUCCAGUACACCGUGUUCUACCUGCUGCUGCUAGACUCGGUGCUACUGUGCAUUAUUGGCUAUCAAUUUGUGAUAUUCAUGAACACGCCGCGUGUCCUCAUGCUCGCAUCGAUGGCGUUCGUUAUGGUUUUGCAGGCGGUCAUAUACUGUUACCAUGGUUCCAUGAUGUACGAUGAGAGCUUGAAGGUGGCAGACGCGAUUUAUCAGAGCAAUUGGUAUGAGGCCCGACCGGCCGUACAGAAACGGCUGCGAUUAUGCAUGAUGCGUGCCCAGAAGCCCAUCGUCACCAAAGGCGGCUUCAUGAAGGCAACAUUGCCCACACUCAAGAAGAUUUUAAACUCAACGGGAUCAUACAUCACCAUGCUGCUUUCGUUGGAAGGAGAACAGCAGCAGUAGUAGAAGUCGUGAUAGAAGACAAACACUUUGCCACAGUGUGGGCCAAUUACCUGUCGGCUUGAAGUAACCCAGAAGCACGUUAUUAAGGGGUGGCAAAGCUUGCAUCAUUUAACAACGUAUCGUGCCUCCCUUGCGUACCGUGCGAAGAUGUUGUUGCGCACCUUUAGGGUAGGCAGCUUAAACCAGGCGUGGAGAUAUGCAAACAUUUUGUUACAAAUUAUUGUAACCUGCCUACAUGUUAGUUGCACCGUCAAAAGCUCACUCAUGCUCGUUGUGUUUGCCCACUAUUGCUCACUAAUAAAUGAAGAAUAUAAAUGGCUUUAACUCACUCUCUCGUCAUCGUAACAAAUGAUACAAAUGAGAAAAUUUCCUAUGAUGUUGGUGUGAGUCGUUUAUAGCAUUAUUUCACUGCUGCUAAAUUAUAGCUAAAUAAUGGCAAAUGUCAAUGGAAAUUAGUUCAUUCAUUAGUAACGUUCAGAUGGAACUACAAACAAACACCAACCAGGAGCACAUCAACUGCAGUGCUUGUGUUCAUUACGACCAUGAUUUGCUGUGCUAAAUCAACUUCUAUUUACAAUGUCUUAACAAUAAAACUUCGACGUACCUGUUUUUCGACAAUGGAAAACGAUAGUCACUUUACUGAGCAUCCCCAGCACGGAGAACUAUUUGUUGAUAAAAUCAGUAAAUGAUGACAUCGCUUCGUUACUAAUUUUAGAACUGUUUUUCUACCCGUUUCCUA